CAAGCUAUACAUAUAUGCCUUCUUCGACUUCCAAAUCCCCUGUUUCUCUGUCCCCUCUUCUCAUGGCUCUGUUUCUUGAUCUUCUUCUUCUGCUGUCACUCUGCUUCUCACCAUCAUCAUCGGACGCCCGAAUCCUCCGACCAGCCGCCGCCCCCACUUGCAUAUUCCGCACCCUUUUCCGGUUCGGAGAGGGGAAAACAUCGCUCCUCCACGGCCUGGAUCUGCCACGCGGCCAUGUGUCCUCCUCCGCCGCCGCCGGCCUCCCCUCCCCUGUUUUCAAGAAUGCUCUGUUCGGCUCCGAUUCCAGCUUCGCCGCCCCCGGAGCCGUCGUUAUGAGCCAGGGUUUCUUUGUGAAGAACGGAAUUUCAGUUCAGGCCCGGGAUAUCGCCGGGAAUUCACUGGGAUCCCAGAUCGAUCGCUUCCUGGACCUUGUUUCCCGGUCGCCGGAGAGGCUCCGGGGGACUCUGUUCUUCAAUGGGAAAUCAGUUGGAGAAGUUGGCCGGAUGGUGCCGGAAGUUGUUUCGGCGAUCAAGGAACAACUCAAGAGGCUCAUAGGUGCCGGGGCGGUGAACCUGGUGGUUUCCGGCGUUCCGGGGCCGGAGGACCGCCGCGGGGCUGAAGGGAUGGAGAUGUUCGGGCGGCUGCACGACGACCAUCUCCAGCAAGCGCUGGUGGAGCUGAAGACGGAGUUCCCGGAGGUGGACAUUGUGUAUGGGAAUCUGGAGAAGAUGACUGAAGAUGGCGGCCAUUGGGCACUCCAGUCCUCCCACUCCGCCGCCUGCAAGCAUUCCGGUCGCCGGCGCAAGGCUUUUCUGGUGAGAUGAUCGAUGAGUGGAUCCAUCUCAGGCCGGCCGGCGGGGCCGAAAAGAAUCUGUGAAUUGAAAACUUUCUGUUUGAAGAUUUGACGAAUUGAUAGAGUGAGAUAGUGAAUGGGUUUUGUACUAGGAAUUGAAUUGAAGACAUCUCUGUUGUUUUACUAUUUAAAUUUAACAUUUUAAAUGUUAGAAAUUCUAUAGUUUUUAUAAUUAUUUAUGAGUAUCGUUAAUCCUACAAUAACUUUUUUACUAUCUA